CAAACUAUCUUGCUUUCCAAAUUUUCGGAAUCCGUUUUGAUUCUUUACUUUGCGGCGCCGCCACCUUUCUUUCCUAGAAUCUAUACUGCUUUUUAUUUGCACCAUUUUUAUGAAAAACCAGUGGCCGUUGUUCUUCUUCUUCUUCUCCCUUUUCUCCAUUAAAUACACCCGCACCUCUGUUUCACAGCUGUGCAUUCAUUGAUUAUCUCUCUCUUCAUUUUCUUUCCAAUUCCAAAUACUCCUCCCUUUGGAUUUCUCUUCCUUUCAGAACUUGCUCUAAUGGCAUCAAAGAGAAUCUUGAAGGAGCUCAAGGACUUGCAGAGAGAUCCGCCAACUUCUUGCAGUGCAGGUCCGAUAGCAGAGGAUAUGUUCCACUGGCAAGCAACCAUCAUCGGUCCGAAUGAUAGCCCUUAUGCUAAUGGUGUGUUCCUUGUCACUAUCCAUUUCCCUCCGGAUUAUCCAUUCAAACCUCCAAAGGUUGCCUUUAGGACCAGAGUUUUCCACCCAAAUAUAAACAGUAAUGGGAAUAUUUGCUUGGAUAUCCUCAAGGAACAGUGGAGUCCUGCUCUUACCAUAUCCAAGGUUUUGCUAUCUAUAUGUUCACUUCUAACUGAUCCAAACCCAGAUGAUCCAUUGGUUCCAGAGAUAGCUCACAUGUGCAAAACUGAUAAGGUCAAGUAUGAAUCCACUGCUAGAAGCUGGACCCAGAAGUUUGCCAUGGGCUGACCCAAAUCCCCCAUCUUUGUAUUCACUUUACUUUUUUUUUCUUUUUUUUUUUCUUGAAUAAAAUUUUUUAUAAAAAAAAAUCUUUAUUGAUGUUUUAAAUGUUCUUUUUAUUGUCCUGUUUCAUUGUUGAGGUACUGAAAUGGUCUAAAGUUUGGCUAACCAAACAAAUGGCUUUAACUUGUAAUCUGAGCAUCUCCUUGCUUUGGAAUAAAAUGUUAGCCACUCUGCUUGAUUUUA